AUGUCCGCCAUCUCGAUGCUACAGCAGUACCUAGCAUCCAUCGAUGUCCUUUCUGAACGGGCAAUGCCUACAUCCGCUCCUGAGCCCAUAGAGGCGAGGCCGUCAAGAACUCUCAUCGACGGGGCCAUUGGUGCCCGGACCUCCGACAAAUACGGCGCCGAGUCUAUCAGUACUAUGAGAGCAACUAGACACGACAUCUACCUACCUACUUUUAACCCUUUGGUUCGACCUACAUCCACAGCCUCCUUCCAAGUCUGCACCUGCUCCGUACUUAACGAAAAGAGCGACUGCAAAGACCCGGCCUGUCUCGACCCCAUUUACUCCAACUCGUUCGCUGACUCCUCCUCCAUCCCUGCCUCCGACAUAAAAUACGAAGGCACCCGUCAGUGCGGCCUAUACGACUGGACUGAACCCCAACCCCGUAAUCUUCUUCUCAUACGGCGGAGGCAAAGGGGACCUCCCGGCUUCCUCAUCUCCAUCGCCAAUGCUCCGAGAUCAUGA